AUGUGCGAACUGUGCUACGCAUGGCGUUACUUGCAAGUAAGCGAGAGGUCCACACAUUUAAUCACUUCGGGGCGGAGUGAAGCCCAGAAUGGCUCAACGACAGUCAAUCGCAAUUCCGAUGUGGGCGACCAGGGUGGUGCCGGGUUUGACUUCUCCCCAGUUCCUCGAGCUACGACACUGCAGGCGAUCUCGGAAGACAACAACGACAGCACCUCCGACCAAGCCAUGUGCGCACGGCCACCAGACUUGGGCACCUCAACAGAUGCGCCUUUUCUUUUCAUACACAAUCCAGCCAUUCUCGGAAGUGGUGUGGAGCUGCUGGAGAAUGUGACUUCACCGUCCAUUGACGAGUUUCACAAUUCUUCGUUUCUUUCGCGAUCCGCAAUCCUGGGCGACGAGUUCCCGGAACUCGAUCAUACACAUCCCGACCGACAGACGCACGAGUUCAGGAUUUCGGAAAGAGAUUUGAAAGUUCUUCAGAUCCACGGCGUGUUUGACCUGCCUCGACUCGCAGUGCGGCAGCGCUUGUUGGAAGCGGUCAUGGAGUUCUGUUGGACAUGGAUGCCUGUCCUCGAUUUCUAUGCGAUUCGGUCCGAAAGUGGUUCCGAGACCUCCGCGAAGGCAACGUCCAUCUUGCUCCUACAAACCUUGAUACUGGUGGGAUCGUAUAUGACCGGAGGUCAAUACACAAGCACUUCUCUGCAGUCACACUACCGUCGUGUGAAAGCCAUCGUCGACAGUGGUGUGGAGCGCAAUCCUUACAAACUCCUUGCCGCAGUGUGUCUGAUUCAGUGGUGUGCACCAAGUGCUCCGAAGGACAUCUCGAUGGAUACACCACGAUUUUGGAACAUGUAUGCCAUCAGCCUGGCUCAGCAGAUGGGGCUGCACCGAAAAGCCCUUCGCCCAGGAAAGGAUCAAGGACUGAGAAAGAGGAUCUGGUGGACACUGUAUGCAAGAGACAGCUUGUCGGCAUCCGCACAUGGCCGGCCUCGUCUCAUCAAUCUUGCAGACUGCACUGUCGAGCGGCCUAGUAUUUCUGACUUCUCCGACUCGUCCGAUCCCGGCGCCCGUAUAUUCGUCUCGUGGGUGUCAAUAUGCGAGAUUCUUCACGACAUCUGUCUCUGGCUCUCUUCGAACCCUGAUGCCACAUUCGUGGAAAAGCAGGCGCUCGCCAACCGCCUUCGCGAGUACAUUCAGAGCUUGCCUCCGGAGUUGGGCAUCAUCGAUCCAGACGGUAGUGCUCGCGCAUACGACUUCCAACUUGCGCAGCUGCACGUCACCCUUCUGACCGCCAUUACCAUCCUUUAUCGUCCAUCAUCGAUGUUUGAUAUCUCUCCGCCGUACUCUUUAGCUCUUUCGAUUACGGCAUCAACCCUGAACGUCAAACUCUUCGAAGCCAUCGAACUUCGCAAUCACACUCACUGUCUCAGCUCUGCCUUUACAUGGUACAUGCUUGUUACCGCCAUUCCACAACUCUCCGCCCUCUGCUGCGUUCCCAGACUAGUCCUGCAGGCUGGUCAUGCGCUGGACACCAUUGAGAACGUGCUGGAGACUUUCAGCGGAGUCCGAACGUCUGCAGUCAAUAAUCUCGCCAAUGUAAGGGCAAUACGGAAAGCCGUAUCAGUGCCAAGGCCAAAUCAUCCCACUAUGCACAAUGGAAAGCGAGGACAACAAUGGCCGGAAGUACAUACGUCUCCGCAAGCAGAAGCCGCUGACUCGACGUCGUUCAUGCUCGUUGAUCUGCUCAAGCCCUACGGGACUUCGGCGCUGAAGAACUAUGAGUCGAACAUGGAGGCGUUGCGCACUCUCGCUUCCAGCUCGACCCCGGAGCAGGAUCCUGCAAACCCUCAAAACAACCCUCCACCACAGAUCGACCAGGGGCCAGAGAUCGGCGACUGGACGACCCCAGAUGAGAGUCUUAUUCCUGUUUCUGGGGCAAACUUUGAUAUCUCCAGUUCAGAUUUUCAGCUUUUGGUUGGCGAUGAUUUCCAGGAGAACGGCUGGAUGCGCGAUUGGGUGGAUGAUUUACAGCUCUUCGGUCUAGAUGUAUGAGAAGGCCAACACUGGCCGAUGUGGGCAGAUCGAAUUGGGGCUCAUGGACUAUUUAAGAAUCGGGGCGGAGUAGCAAAGUGAUGCUUGAUAAGGCUGCGUAGAUAUAACGCGCGUGCAACUCCAUGUCGGGCCAACAGCGAGGCUCCCAACGAUCAUGAUUUGAUCGCGGUGAUAGGCGUGACACGUCAAGAGGGGGGUUCUGGGUCCCUAUCUUGAGUUUCUCGUUGGCAGGGGGGCUUAUCUUCGUGGACGCGAAUAUCCGUGCGCGGUUCAGCGCCUUGCAG